AUGGGCGACAGACUUACUCAAUUGCAAGACGCUGUGGACCAGCUUGCCCAGCAAUUCGUCGCAAGCUUCCACUUCGUCCACCGGCGCCACGAUCUCGAGCUGCUCGGACCCAACGAUAAAAUUAGAGAGGUCAAACAGGAUCCGGAACAGAAAGAAGUCGAUCCUCUCCCCGCAGACGAAUUCAAGGACGGCCUAGCUGAGCUGUCGCGCGACCUCAUCAUCAAGGAACAACAAAUCGAGGUCCUUAUUUCCAGCCUGCCGGGUUUGGACAGUAGCGAAGCCGACCAGGAGCGCUAUAUUCAGGAGCUGGAGGAUGAGCUCAAGGUCGCAGAGAGUCAGAGGCAGGAUGCGAUACGAGAGAAGGACCAGAUUCUGGCGAAGCUUGAUGAAGUGAUUAGAAGUGUUCGACGGCCAUGA